CGUGACGCUCGCGGCGCUCACUUGAAUCCUCGUCGCGUGUUCGUCGGGCGAUUCUCCUUCUUGAAGGAGCGUGGUCGAGAACGACGCGCGGACAGGAAGUAACGGCGCGCAACCGGAAGCGCCGGAACGGCCGGAUUCGCGACGCGGACUCGCCGAUCGACAGGAUCCGCGUUGUUCCGAGGAUCGAUUGGUUGAAAGAUUUACAAGAUUUACAAGAUCCGUGCGAUCCGCAACGAUCGUGUGACGCGCGCGAGCGAGCACGUGAGCGCAUGGACGAGCGGAUUUAGAACCGAAACGAUGGCCGGUGGAUCCCGAAAACGAUUGCGGUCAUCGAGUGUCCGGUGAUUUGAAGCUCCUGAUAGGGAUCGAGGCUCCCCUUUCCAUCCCCUUUUCCGUUUCCAGCUGAAUUGGAUUUCGGGCACCUUUAGCCUGACGGGGAGUCGCUUAUCAUCAAGGACGAUCGCGUGGAUUACGGUCUAGGACGAUCGAAUCGAUCGCCUGGUGAUUUCCCGCGUUAACGCCGAUCCGGAGAACGAUCCAAGAGUGUGUGACACAUCGCAGUCUUCUGAGAAUCCUCGAGGAACUAGUGGCCGGCGGUCGGGAUAGAAGAACAUCUUUGCAAGAACUUCUCCUGUGAACUGUAUGAGCGCCGAUCGACGCACCGAUCGGACAAUCAUCGAUGUGCCAGCGUUGUGAAGCGAUCAUCGACGGCCGUCGCCGGUCGUCAUCGUCGUCGUCGUGGUCGCGUCGCCGAUCGGGGUGCCAAGUUGGCGGUGCCAAUAGAUCGUGCGACAGGAAGCAGAAUGGCAGAAACAAGAACUCGCGUUGGUGCGUCCGCGUGGAGCACUAUUAAGGGCUGAAAUUUCGGAGUUCCGGUGGCCUACUUCGUCACUGUCCUCCGGGCGGAGGGCGCGCGAGGAUGUCCGAGAGAUGACUGGGUACUGAGGUGGAGGAGGAGAGUGGCGCAGUGGCUUUGAGGGUUGCUGCUGGCACCACCUCGGUUCGGUGGGAAUGGAGAUGAACGGCACCGAAAGCAGCCUGAACGGCACCGAGGUCAACCGCACUUCCGCGCCUAUCUUCGCCAUCAGCACGGAUUUUAUCACGCAAUGGAAGUUGCAGAGACAACGGGAACGCCUGUGUCGAUUCGUGUACAACCAGAUUUUGACACAAGAAUGUACCCAGCUAAAUGGAACAUGGCCUGACCCGGACGACCCACGCUGGAACAGCGGUGAAUACGCGGAACUUCUGCCCGACUGGUUCCCGACAAACGCGACGAAUACCUCGACUUUCGGAAACGCAACGACCUCGUCGACGUUGGAAGAAUCCCUGACGCCCGUUUUGCCACCGUUCACGCUCUGGCAGACGGUGCUGAUCGCAAUCUGCUUGGUGAUAUGCAUACUUCUAACCAUCGGCGGUAACGUCCUCGUCCUUCUGGCAUUCAUCGUAGAUAGGGCCAUCAGGCAACCAAGUAACUACUUCAUCGCAUCAUUAGCCGCCACUGAUAUGCUUAUCGGCACUGUGUCGAUGCCGUUCUACACGAUCUACGUGCUGAUGGGAUAUUGGAAUCUCGGGCCUCUCCUCUGCGAUCUCUGGCUAUCGGUGGACUAUACGGUAUGCUUGGUGUCCCAGUAUACCGUCCUGCUGAUCACGAUCGAUCGGUUCUGCUCGGUGAAGAUAGCCGCGCAGUACCGCAGCUGGCGGACGAAGCAGCGCGUCAUCUGGAUGGUGACCAUCACGUGGAUCAUACCGGCCUUGCUGUUCUUCAUCAGCAUCUUCGGCUGGGAGCACUUCAUCGGCUACAGGGACCUGAAUCCGGGCCAGUGCGCCGUGCAGUUCCUCAAGGAUCCGGUAUUCAACACCGCGUUGAUCAUCGGAUACUACUGGACGACGCUGAUUGUCCUGUUCAUCCUCUACGGUGGCAUAUACAAGACCGCCUACGACAUGCAAAAGAAGAGCGAGGCCAAGCAACGCAAGAUGCAGUCGAUGGUCGCGCUGAGCGCUGGCGCGAUGUCUGGCAUGGCUGGUCGUGCUGCUGGCAUAGGCAUGUCCAAGACUCAGAGCACCCUGCUGAGCCAGGAUAAACCGAAGAUCGGAGCCACAUCGAUAGAUGACGGCGUGAGUAGCGCGGAGACAACGGAUGUUCAGAAAAUGACCGCGAAGACUACCAGCGCCGCGGCGGCGGCAACGGCCACGGCAGUGACGGCGCUGGACCCUGCUGGCAAGAAUAUCUCUGCUAGCAUCACGCCGAAUGAAGCCGAGAAAUCUGAGCGAUCCAGCAGUCCGGCCUUCGACUCUGAUGAGGAGAGCACCGUCGGCAACACGCAGCAGCCCAGCGCCGGAACCGGUCGAGAGCGGUCCUCGUUAGCGGGACUGGUGGCUCAGUCUGGUGCCCUUCAGGUAUUUGCCACCAAUGGACGCCUGAACGGCAUCGUGCCGGUUAAGGUUGAGCUGAGUGUGCCGACGACGCGGAAGCUGCUGCCGACGAGUCCCACGCGCGACAUGGCGACGCAGAAAGCUCAAACACUGCCCAAGAUACAGGAGCUCAGCCUUCUGGACACGGACAAUCCAGCGGAGGUUGAUCGGUCCAGCAGCCAGACGCUCACGCCCGAGCUAUCAUCGAGAUCGAACCUCGAUGCAAUCGAGGGCAGCAAUCAGCGAUCGGUCAGCUCGUCGGUCGAGCCGACGCCACCUGCACGGCUCAAGAACGCGUCGAUCAAUAGCGGUCAGCAGACCAUUAUACCGCCACCUACGCAGUUCCAGAGCAGCCCGCCGGUGUCGGACAGUCCAACGACGUCGUCGACGUCGACUGACCGACCCAAGUCGCUGAUCGUGUGCCAGGGUACCUACGACAUCCUUACCGGCUUGGACGGCGGCGAUCUGCGCUACAUGGACGAGAGCUCCAUUAUCGUUCCCAGUCCCUCCUAUGAGAGUCCAUCGUCUUCCUUCUCCUGUAGUCUGGCGAACCCAUUGUCGACGGCGCCGUCAUCACCGAUCUUGGGCAAUGUCGCGCCAGCUGGUGCAAGCACCAGCUUGCUGCAGACAGCUCUUAUUAGAGCGACAGCGCAGCAGGCUGGCAGUGAUGGACGCCAAUUAGUACAAAUCGCACAGACCAAGCAGCAUCAGCAGCAUCAACCUGCAAUGUCCAACGCGUCGAGUCAGACACAUCCGCCACGCGUAUUCAUCACUCAUCAGUCAAACGCUGCAUCGCAGACGUCGCCCACCGUCAGCAAGGUGCAGACCGAGGUGUCGGUGAAUGCGGACCGCAUGAAGCGUCAACCGGUCACGACUGUAGUUACGACGACCGCGGCCGUACCCUUGGAGUCGUCCAACAGCACGACGGACCGUUUCUCGACGGAUCAGCCGACCCGAGCGAGUAGCAAUCAGCCGCAGAAUUCGUCAUCUAGUGGUGGUGCGACGUGCUCGGUCACCACGAACCAGGAGACCAAGAGGCAGUCUUCACGGAAGAAAGAGACCUCCGUCUCGGAUGCGGAGCAGAGUGGAUCCAGGCGGGACUUUGUCAAGUCCAUCGGGAAACGACUGAAGGCCAAGACGCAGAAAAAAGACUUGACGAUAGGUCGGCAGAAGUCGCGGACGGAGAACCGGGCUCGCAAGGCGUUUCGAACCAUAUCCUUCAUCCUGGGCGCAUUUGUCGCCUGCUGGACGCCGUAUCAUAUCCUGGCGCUGGUGGAAGGCUUCUGCGCGAACCCGCCGUGCACGAACGAGCACCUCUUCAUGUUCUCGUACUUCCUCUGUUACGCCAACAGCCCGAUGAACCCGUUCUGCUACGCGCUGGCGAACCAGCAGUUCAAGAAGACCUUCACCAGGAUACUGAAGGGCGAUCUGCACAUGACGUAAAAGUAUCCGCUCAGCCGCCGCUCGACUUGGACUAUUCGGUAUUCCAAUAUCAUCCUGAUACUACUCCGAUGCUACUAUGAUAAUGUUAGUUGACGUAAGCGACGCGCGAAUUCCUCGCCAAGAGGAUGGCCUUUUGCUCGCGCGUGACUGUAGUGAUCUUGGACAAUAAUCAGACGAGAAUGAGAUAUCUUCAGGCUCUCGGCGCGGUCGGGUAUCGCGAAUCGCUUUUGUACAUAAAUUAAUCGCAGAUUAGCCGCAGCUCGAUACCGCGCGAAAAAGAGAGAGCCAGUAAUGUAUAUACGCUGUACACAUGUGUGAAUAUUCGUUAAUCUUAAACGUGUAACAUGCUUAGAACGUGAACAGGUGUACGUACAGGUAGUCUCAGGCGUGUGCGUGUGUAACGCGAUAGCGGAACGUCCGUUGCAGCGAUUGCUGAAUCGACGUGCGUCAUUCUGAAUACCGUAUUCGCGAUUUGUCGAGACGACACAGUCGCAUAGAUCAGAGUAGGAACCACGCAUUUUUAAUAGUAAGCCUUACAACAAGUCGAACGGCGAUACCGUUCAUCACGAAAGACACAAAGUGAAGACAUUAAGUAUAAGAACACUACUAAUUGGAUAUUUUUGGCUGUAUCGUAAUGAAAAAAAAAAAGAAAAAAAAAUAUAUAUACAUAUAUAUUCUGCUUCUUUGAACGCGGAGGACCCGCGUCUCCUCCCGCUGCAUGUUACGCGCAGUAAUCGUGGAGCGUUUCCUGUUUGAUUCGAUCCCGGACGCGUUACCUUCAACGGACUGCUUUCUGUCCACGUGCUGUCUCCUUCGUUUCCUUUUUUUGACGGACAACGAAUCAGCUCGAGGUAGCUCGUGCCUCGUAGAGGUACCGAGCGACCGACCGAUUUCCCUACGGUUUGAUCGGAUGGAUCGGAAUAUACACUGCCUUGAGAUGGCCUAAUGCGCGGGCCUUUCCUCUUCGAAUUUCUCGUGACACUUGGUACUCUCCUGACAAGCGAGCUCCCGUCGACGUCUGAUUGACGCUCCCGUUUCUCAGUGUCCCGAAAUCCCGUUGUCAAUCUGAAGUUGAUGAUUUUUAGCACAUGAUACGUCAGCCAAUUAUUCUCGCCUGCAUAAUUGACGGCAUUCUUUACUUGAUCGCGAGCCACCCAGUAUUAUCCGUGUAAUUAUUGUGCAACCGUUUCGCACGUUUACGUUUAUCACGUUUUACCUAAUUAGAAAGCUCGUUGCGAGAUUCAUCGCAAGGCACAGGUGCGAAUGUAAUUAGUUGAAACUACUAGCAGUCUGUGAUCGUGACUUGUAGCAUGGCGAAGCCGGCAACGCGCUUCAGCAUUGCUUACCUUUAAAGGAGGAUACCAACAAUGCCUAAGCUUUUUAUUCCAUUUUAUACCAAGUGUGCAACUCGCGAUUACUGCAAAUUGUCAAAUCAACAAACUGUAGUAAGUAAUUUAUACGUACACAUUUUGUGUCAUAUUUUAAAGGUAAUGCAAAGAUAAUAUUUUGCGUUCACGGAGAUAUUGUUCUUUAUUCGUCUCCUUGUAUUAUCUUCAAAUUAAACAAGACAAAUAAAUCAAACUCAUCGUUUCAGAAAAUCAAAAUUAUUAUUUUUACGAAUAACCAAUAACAAUUAGAAAUUGUGAAACAAAUUGUGUUUGUAAUAUAUAUAAAUAAAUAUUUGCAAGUGGUAUAAAAGUGGCAAAUAGAUAGGUUACAUCUGAGUUUUUACGAAUUUUACAUUAUAUUAAAUUACAAGAGUCGAUGAUUAAAACAAUUUCAAACCAUCUUAAAUCCUUAUUUUCUUAAAUAGAUAAAUUAAUGCGUUGCAAGAUUAUGGAAAAUUUAUAAGAGAAACAUUCAUGUAAAGAGUUUUAUCUAACAGCUCUUGUAAAUCCCUUAUAAGAACAAUGCGAUAAAAUACAGAUGGAUUUAAGAUGGUUUGGAAGAGCAAACUUCUCAAUACAGAGAGAAAGUGUGCGAAACGGAGAUCCACGCUUUUACGCUUACAUUGUUACAUUCUGGAAGUACUUUUUACAAUCAAUAGGUAACCCGAGAUAAAUCAUUAGUUGGUCAUCGGUUUAUCAGCGCGAUAGUAAAGUCGUCAAUCAAUGGUCUAUGUGCUAUAAUACGCCAAACUGCUGUGACUAUCAAUCAAAUCUGUAAUGUCGAGGUUCUUAAAUGAAUUAACAAGCGACACGUAUUUUCUUCAUCCAGUCGUGCUUCUCGAUCGUCGUAUCGAUGUACAUUUCGUAAAAGAGGACAAUAUAACCGAUCGGAUAGCGUCAGUGUGCAUUGAGCGCAGCUUUCAAUUAGUCGUCGUUUAAGCAAAACUCUGCCGCUCGAUCAGAGAGCGAUACAAACUCUAGAAUUACGAACAGCUCGUUACGCGCUACGAAGUUGGGCAGACAGAAAAGAGUACUUUUGAGUGUUACGUCGACUUUGAGUUUACGUCGGCUUGACCCUCGUGACAUGCACCUUUUUAAUCACUCGUUACAUUCUCAUUUCUACGCCUCGUGGAUGUGACACGCGUAUAAUUAGGCGCGUCCAUUAGCGAAGCAGUCAUCUUCAGUUUUCACCGGAAACGAGAAACUGCGAACCUCUUCGUUGUGUAAUAUACUCUCCGUCGUAUAGUUUUCUACCUUUGUAUGAAUUAUUUCGUACGUGCGCGCAAUCGUUUCGCUUGUAAAUCUCAUCCGAUACUCCGGCUGCAGCGUUUCACCAGCACAAGAGAAAAAUAGAAAAAGAGAGAGAAAUGCGUCACGUUCUUCCAUAAAAAAAAAGUACAGAGUGUCCUGCGUGCCUCGUGUCUACCUGAAUUCUCUUGGAGUCGCCACCGGGACAUUUUGGGACUUUGAGUAUCUUCCGAGAUUCACUGCCAAUAGCGAGAGUCCUCCCGUUUCUUCAUUACGCUAAUUAGCCGGACCUAUACCUGUCUGAGCGUAUGUAGGCACCUCUACGCAUCACGCGACUAGAUGCUGCAGGUCGUUUCACCAUCGGUGACUUAAUCAAAAAGAAAAUAAUACCUCAUUGAUUCCGGAUUCGUAGAUCACCAACGAUCUCAUCGAGUUUCGACUCGAUCAGCUUCCGCUCGUGAUCCGCUCGCAUGAACGCAAGCGACUUGAUUUACGCUUUCCUCCCAGCGUUAAGUACCAAUAAUUCCGGGAUACAUUAAUUAAUCGCUAUGUACGCUCGCUUCAUUUCGUGCAUGCCGCUUCUAUAAACAUAAUUUCGCAGCGGCAACGGGAACGCGAUGCACGCGCAACGAGUUCCCGAUUUCUUGCGGGAAACGCACGCGAGGGAGAGCAAUUUUGGCAAUCGCUAUUUUGGGGAAACGCGAGUUUGCAAGUGUACGUCUCGUCCGCAUGCGUUGGCUAUUUAUCAUUAGAAAAUUGCGAUAUGAUGACGUUGAGGCCGUCUGAGGUCGAUUUUGCGAGGCGGAGGCGUAGCAUAAAACAGGAUCGUCAUCGUUAUCGAUAGGCGAGUAAGCUGUGUAUCAAAGCGUUUUCUGCGAGCGGCGGAUUCCUCGAUCGACACGAUACGAUAGAUAAUAGCAGUGUGAACGAUGUACUUCGCUUAAGACUUAGAAUCCGAAGGUUGGACUCUUUUUAGCUGCAAUCGAGAAGGAGGAACGACACGUCGCAGCUGUAAAAUCGUAGCGAAUCACCCUGUACGAUACGUGUAGUCUGUAUUUAAGGAGAUACGUGCGAGAUGUGCGACAGAGAGGCAGCCGACGCGCGUUCAUUGUACACACAGAGACACGAUAGACUUUGUAGAAAAGGAACAAAGUUAUAUUAAAAACGAGCGCGGCUAGCGUGUGCUAGCAAGUAGCCGUGUAUACAUGUAUACAUACGAUAUGUACGUAAUGCGAUGGGUAGACGGUAUAAAGGCUGUAACAGCGCGCCCCAAAAAAGAAGAGGGAGACCGGAUAGACGGUGCAAUACCUAGCGAAUAAGUAUAAUUAGCUGUAGGCGCGGUAGAACGAUUAAAAGAGAUGAUCAGAUAAUAAAAAUAGCUGUAUGGAGCCUAUAUAUAAGAAGCGUGUCUAAAUCGUCGAUCGCGCGAAGAAAUAUAUAUAUAUAUAUAUUAUAUAUAUAUUUCUAAUACAUACAUACAUAUAUAAAUAUAUAUAUUUGCACGUCGCGUAUAUUCCCCUUUCCUUGGUCGAGAGCUUUUACUUGUAGAUUCCGACGUGGUGGAGGCGUCCGUGAGACGGACGAUUGUCGAAAUUGUCGUGCGACGAGUCGGAAAGGAAACGAUUAAACGCGCAUUUUCUCUGCUCGACCGAUCUGCAAUUUCAUUUAACCGUCGCGAUCAAAUUCGAACGAGCAAAUUUGUCAGCUGUGAAUAACUCGUGCGGGCGAGAAGCGGCUCUCGUGAAUCCGCUUGCUCUCGAGACUCUCGAGAUCUUUGGAAGUUUAAGCUUCGUUAAGUAGUAAAACUAUAUCGAAAUGUGCCUCAAAUUCCUCUCGCACGUUUCGCGAAAUUCCGCGUCGAGAUUGAAGGAUAUACGAAUGUGUUGUAUAAAAAAUUAUCACACGCAAGCGAUACGAUCAAACAACGGAGAUGCAUCUAUUUAGAACGUUUGUUUAUCCGAUAUCUCACAAUCUCGCAAUAUAUGUAUCUCGUAAUGUGCAGCAUGACAAGCAGGCAAUUAAUUUGAUAAUUAUUACGUAGUAUUAUUCCAUGAGAACAGCUUCCUGAGCAAAACCAGCGCGCGAGACCAAAUUAACAAACUGUUAGCUGUUAUUAAAUCAUAGACAAUACAACUCGCACGUCUGACAAUCCUGAUUUUAGGAAUUCUUUCAAGCUACAAAUGUUCGAUCGUGAGCGAAAGAUCACAGGAUUCUAGGAUCUACGGAUUGCUCAUUGAACAUCUGUUUUGCCGAGAGUGUCGCAAAACGCUGAUUACACGUGCAAAUAUCGUUGAAACAUUGAGAAAUUCGGCGACGAACUCUGUUCGGCACGGAAUCUGUAAUUUCGCCACAUCGCGUAUCGUCAAAGCGAUAGGAGCGUUUAUUUGUCAGGAAAAAAUUGAACGUGCAUAUUAGUUUAUAAGGUGUACGUUGUGUACGUUGUGUACGUGGUAAUCACUAUGCAAAUGCUUCGUAAUUUACUUUUAGAGUAAUGCGACACGCGCUCUGAUUGUGAGAGUACAUGAUCGAUACUUGGAAGUUGCAUCCGCCAUGCGUUACGUCAAACGUCGAACUGCAGAUUGGCAAUUCUAAUUAAAGUACGUACGUGUGUGAAUAAAGUAAGAACUUCGGGCGAAGUUGUGACGUAGAUGUAAUCAAGUAGUAAUCGGUUUCUAUUUAUAUGAUGUCUGUGCAGGCGAAGCAUGCGAAGGUGCGCGUAGGUAUGCGAAGAUGUGCAAGACCCGCCGAGGCAUAAGAGCAUACUUAACUACUGAAACCUGUAAAGUAAAAGCGACUAUAAUAAAGUGAAGCAAUGCGAUGUA